AUGGAGGCCGUUGGCCCGGACACUUGUGGAGGAGGGGACGCGGCGCGGGGUGCAGAGGGGUGGCCGGCACCCGAGGCGAGGGUGCACUUCCGAGUGACGAGGUUCAUCAUGGAGGCAGGUGUCAAGCUAGGCAUGCAGUCCAUUCCCAUUGCCACAGCUUGUACCAUUUACCAUAAGUUCUUCUAUGAGAUCAACCUGGACGCCUAUGACCCCUACCUGGUCGCCAUGUCUUCCCUUUAUUUGGCCGGCAAAGUGGAGGAACAGCACCUGCGCACUCGUGACAUCAUCAACGUGUCCAACAGGUACUUUCACCCGGGCAGCGAACCACUGGAGCUGGACUCCCGCUUCUGGGCGCUCCGGGACAGUAUAGUGCAGUGUGAGCUCCUCAUGCUGAGAGUCCUGCGUUUCCAAGUCUCCUUCCAGCACCCACACAAGUACCUGCUCCACUACCUGAUUUCCCUCAAGAACUGGCUGAACCGUUACUGCUGGCAGCGGACCCCCAUUUCCGUCACUGCCUGGGCCCUGCUGCGGGACAGCUACCAUGGGGGGCUAUGCCUCCGGUUCCGGGCUCAGCACAUAGCCGUGGCAGUGCUCCACCUGGCCCUGCAGGCCUAUGGGGUUGAGGUGCCCGCCGAGGCCGAGGCCGAGAAGCCAUGGUGGCAGAUUUAUACCAUGGACACAGAGAUCCCCUAAGGCCCUGGUCCAGGCCUGCCCAAAGAGAAGCCCGGGAUGCUCGGCUGCCUGGGGACGGCAUCACCACAUCGCUGUGACGGCUGGUCCCCAGAAGACCAGCUGGGAGGACUGGUUUUGUGCUGCUGGAGACGGGCUGGUGAAGGCGAUGACCUGCUGCCACUUUGAUUCUCAUGCUUUGACUGUCCCUGGCAGCUGUGGUCCAGACGGUGAUGGGAGCUGUGCCUCCUGCGGGCAGGCCGGGGUGCACCAGGGGAAGGGCCCCCAAGGCAUCCGUGUCUGCUUUUGUCCUUUGAGAGGGCACCGACUGCAGUUGAGGUGUGACAUCAGUGGAAGCAAAAUCAAAGAACAGAUGAGACUGCACCCUUGGGGAUGUUUUUAAAGCCAGAUUUAUAGAAAGUAUGAAUGUGUAACAUAGAUGGAAUUUUAUUUUGUAUAAUAAAAGAUGAUACAAAUCAA